UUCCUUUCCCCGGCAGCCGCCGGGGCCUCAGCGCUGCACCGCCUCGGGGCGAGGGACCCGGCUCCCCCGGGGCUGCUCCGCCGGUGUUUGCCGUGGGCCCCUUCGAGGCCGGGCUGGGGGCGCCCUGGGCCCACAGCGGCGCCGGACCGAGGGGGAGCAAGCAGCCCCCUUUCCCUUCCGGGGCGGCGGGCGGAGGCGCCCAGCCGAGCUGCAGGAGAAGGGCCCGCCCCGCUGCCCGCCGGCGCGGUAAGAUGGCGGCCGCGGCUCAGGCGCUGAGCGGCUCCGGGCUGCUCCUGGCCGCCGCCGCCCUCGCCCUCCUGGCCGUGGCCAUCGGCACCGACUCCUGGUACGAGACGGACGCCCGGCGGCACCGGGAGCGCUGCCGCGGCUUCGGCCACAAGCGCAGCGACCCGCCCGGUUCCAUGUCGGCGCCCAGCUCCCACCUGCCGCUCCGCGCCCGGCCCCCGCGGGCCCUGCUCCCCGGGCUGCCCCCGGCCCCCGCCCCGGCCGCCGCCGCCGCCGCCACCCUGGACUCGCACUGCGGCCGCCGCUUCAACUCCACCGUCUCGGGGCUCUGGAGGCGCUGCCACCGCGCGGGGUACGAGCCGGACAGCGAGGAGCUCAUCCGGAAAGGAGUUAUUCAGCGCUGCACCGCUGUGAAGUACCACUACACCUCCAGCUCACUGCCUCGCAACUUACCCAUCAACAUCACGAACACCAUCCGGCAGGAUGAGUGGCACGCGCUCCAUCUGCGGAGGAUGACAGCUGGCUUCAUUGGCAUGGCAGUCUCCAUCAUCCUGUUUGGGUGGAUCAUUGGUGUGCUGGGCUGCUGCAAACAGCAGGAGCUCAUGCAGUAUGUGGCUGGGCUGCUCUUCCUAAUGGGAGGUACGUGCUGUAUCAUCUCACUCUGCACAUGCGUAGCUGGGAUCAAUUUUGAGUUAUCUCGCUACCCUCGCUACGUCUAUGGGCUGCCAGAGGACAUCAGUCAUGGCUAUGGCUGGUCCAUGUUCUGUGCCUGGGGAGGCCUGGGCCUCACCCUGCUGGCUGGCUUCCUCUGCACGUUGGCCCCGUCACUCAACACUUCUCGGGUGUCUGUACAAAAACCCAGACAAGAAAAUGGGGCCGUGUGACCUCGGCGGGAGCGAGGAGAGACUCUGGAAAGCGCAGCCUGGGCAGAGCUGUGGGUUACCACCAGGAAGGGGUGGCACAGCAACGCAUGGAGGGCAGUGCCAUAGCUGUGGCAAUGCCAGCCCGCGGUACGCUGCUGCAGCCUCCAGUCACAGACCCGGACCUUGCAAGUAACGCUGUUUGAAUUAUUGCCGAUCUGCUCAUUGAUGGUUUAAGGGGAACAGUUCUUUUGAUUUUUCUUCUGUUUCCAAGGGAUUAAGUCCAAGGCUGUGUCUUUUUUUGUGCUGUUUUUUGAACUGUACCUCCAUGGUCCUGUUAUUGUCCAGUUGUAAGGGAUGUUUACGCAUCAACUCUAUUGCUGCAGGUCUGUGCAAUUCAGACCCAAAUUAGGGCAAGGAGCUACGUGAAGUUGGCUUGAACACUUUUGCAACAGGCAUGUCUCAUGUUGGCUCAGGCCAUUGUUUCCCAAAAGAACCAUGAUCUAUGCCGCAGUUUAGGCCAAAGAAUUAGCCCAUUCUUAGUAUUGAUUAAUUAAAAAAAAUAAUAAUAAAAAAAAAAACAUGCUAUAGCAUCAGCUAUGUACUCACUAUUAAAGCCGGUUCCAAAAGCAGCCGGCUGUAACUGAGCAGCAAGACUCUAAAAAAACACUUAUGGAUUUAGGAAAGGAGGGGAAGUUUUCCUCAGCUGCUCACACAGGUGAGGUUACUCAUUUGUCUAACGACCAUACCCUUGGUUUAAUGGGGCGAUGUAUGCAACAUGCUGCUUGUAACUAUUCCACUGGAGGCCAGGGUAUAUUUCUGAAAGUAUGUCAUAGUUUGAGCUGCUGGGAUCAGCUUUCACCUCCAACUAUGUUAUGGGUGCAACUUCUGGUCCGUGAAAGGAGAUGCGUAACUCUCCCCAAGCUCAAAUAGCAGUACUGCUAAAAUAGCAGAUGUACAACCCCCGCUAAUAUUCAUGUCCAAAGGAACUGCAAUGUAUUUUCCUCAGGAACACGUGGCUUCUACUCACUUCACCACUCGCCCCUUUUCUGAUGUCAAAUGCCCCCCGAGCACAGCGUGUCAAGAACACGCAGGCUCCGCUGGAACAAGCGCCUGCUCUGAAAUGAGCAGUAAGGGCCUUGGAACCAGUGCAAAUACUAGGACUAACUCAGGAACAUCAGCCAAAGUACUUCGGGGUGCAUUUUUCUUUCAUUCAUCUAUUCUUUCUUCCCUCAUAUCCACCCCCCUCUCCCAAGUGUCCAAAACUGCACAGGUAAAGAUGAGAUGGCCAGCAUUUGGAGAUGUUUACAUUGUAUUUACAAUACAGUGGCAUGUAAGAUAUUUAAUGCUAAAGUCAGUGUAUUUAUGAAAAGUGUAAUUUUUAAAUGGAAGUUGUAAUUCUCAACUGGCAUUAAAAGUACUGAAAGACUUGC